AUGAUGAUAGUUAAGCCAGCUGCUUUAUUUUCGGCAUUUGUAUCUACUGUAUACACUUUACAAAAUCCACUCAUUUCUGCGCCUUUCGACAAUUUUCGCAUCGAAUGUGCCAAAUCUUCAGGUGCCGUAGGAAUUAGUGUACGAAUGGUCGGCUCACAAGGUUUCAUCCGACAAGAUACCGUUUUCGCAAUUAUUUGCGAACGAGUCGACGAGCUAUAUCCAUGGCAUGGUAUUCCUAUAAGCAUUGCGGAAUUGGAACGAGAAGACUGCUACUACAGCCACUUGUUUGAUCCAGUUGUAGAUACAGAAUCACUGUAUACAUGUCGACCGCGAGAAUACAUAUCUGGUAUUACUCGUCUGUCGGAUACUCGGGUACAGGUGUUGUGUUGUCGUUUGCGAACACGAGAUGAAGCAAAUUGUCAAGAGAAAGAGUUCACUAAACCAAUUGGAUUUGAUCCACGGACAGACAUAUAUCAUCGCAAACAGCUUAUCAAUUCGAUUGCUGUCGAAGGGCAUAAUUAUAGAGUGCGAUUUUGCGACCUUGCUCCGCGAGCUAUCGCUCUAAUUUACAACGACUUACUUAUAACAACUACUAUUACCACCGAAACUCCAAAGAACAAUGGAUAUCAUGCAGAAGCAGAAAGUGACAUGUUGAAUACAGCAACGGCCAGAAAUAAAUACACAAAGAAUAAUUUGUUUGAACGUCUGACAUCGCAAGCUACGACCUCAUCAUCUACAACCAAACAUGUUAUCCAGAUAUUUCGACCGAGUUCCUUGUACAACCUUGAAGAGGUUCAGAAUAUGCGCAAUACAAGCACUUCUUCACCAAAUCAUUCUCAAAAGAUGCAACAAACCUCCAGAGAGAAAUUUUCAACUAUUAUGAAUACAGUUGAUGAAAAAAAACGCCAGAGCACUGCCUGGAUGAUAGAUGAAAUAAGCAAGCAAAACUCUGCACUACCUACUGUUUCUUUUGUACCAACAAGAGUUACGCAGCAGUUUCAAAGUUAUUCAGUAGCAGCUAAACAAGAUGUUUCAAGUGGUCGUAACCGAACAGCAAUGACAUUGUCUUACUUCGCUACAUCUUCACUGCAAACCACAACUGCGUCACCACUAAUUCUCUUGAAACCUUUGACCUCUAAAACAGUGCAUACUAAAGUUACAUCAAAAAACAAGCAACCUACAACGAAAGCAAGUAAAAGACGACGGAUGAAACAGACACUAAGUCCAACCAUUUCCAGUAAUUCAUCCAGGAUUACGCCUCAGUUAACAACGUCAUCAGCUCAUCUCAUAGAACUUGAGAAUACAACAGAAAGUCCUUCUUUAUUAAGUACUCAACUGCGUCGUGAUUUUUCUAGUGGAACACACAUCGAUGAAGAAACCAAGUAUUCACCAUUCGAGAAUAGGGACAGUAAUCCUUCACGUGACAAUGAGGCUUUUGGAUCAGAAUAUUUGAUUCUUCCUACCUCAGCUAAUCCUCUCGAUAUGACCACAUCAAGCGACAGUUUCUUAUAUAAAAUUUCGAAUGAAAUUCUUCAUGCUCCAGUUAAAUCAUUUCGGAAACAAAUUGGAGUCGCAUAUAGUGAAUUCAAAAGUUUCCCAAACAAACAAACGAACAAAGUGGAUCACGAAUUUAACUUCCCGUCAUUUGGUGAUGGAAAUAUUGAAGAUGUUGGUUUGGAUUACAGUGAAUAUAACUUAUCGAUGAAGAAAUCCGCUGAUGGUAGUCGUACAUAUGUACCAGAAAAUCAGGAACCACUGAACGCUCCAUCAGCAGCAAUCGUAUACGAUGCAAGCAAACAAAAAAAUGCUGUUUUGGUAAUAGCAAGACGAAAGAAGAAGAAAGUUCAACAGAAUGAUCAGGAAAGCAAUCAAGAACAGAAAAAUGAUGCCGACAAAGAAUUACUAUCAAUGAAUGAUGAGGUUAAUUCAUUCCCAAUGGAUACGUAUAAUUCUGCAUCUUCAACAGUAUCAAGUAAACAAGAUUUGGAGUUUCCUACCACGAGCUCCAGUCCGGCUAAUCUGAAGAACACUGCAGAAGACGUCUAUGAUCCAGCGAAAUUUUAUCGCACAGUACCACCGAAACGACCAACUCAGACAGAAAAAGUGCUAACCUUCUGCACAAAGGAGAUAGCCAUUCGUGAUCGACACAAUUUAGUGAUUGCUUGUGGUAGUGAAACGGAAAUUUGGCAACCAUUUCGGUGCCCGGCAGGAAGUGAAUGUUUCUCUUCAACUGAUUCCAGUUAUCGAAUCUGUUGUGCUGUAGCCGAAGCUGUUCGCUAUACUCAUUGA